CCUACUCGGCUUGGGCCAAAACUAAAACCGAACCGGGACCGAAACACCCGAUAAAGAAUCGAAUCGAAUCGAAUCUAAUUGAAUCGCCGUGAGAAAGACAGAACUAGAGACCGGUUCACAGAGUGUUUCCAAAAACCGUGAAGUGGUGGAAGACAGAGAGACAGUCCCCAGAGCAGCCCUAGAUUGCGUUCGAUCUCCGAUUUUACGAUCUGCGGCCCACGAGCUCCACGAUGCGCCUUCGCCGCCGCCUCAUCCAUCCGUCCAUUCCGAAUAACAAAGAACAUGUCGAUCAGAAUCGAACCCAAAAAAAAAAAAAAAAAAAAAACACAAACCAAACUGAAACCAAAAUCAGAUACUACCCAGACGAUGACGAUGGACGAUGAUGAGCUGCCCGGGUCAAAAGGCCAGCCCACGUAAGCUGAUUUAACGUAGGACGUAGGCUGGCCUCUUGCGUUAGCCAUUGUGAGUGUGAGGGCGUGAUUCGAAUCAAUCGAGUGUGGUUAGAUGAGAAGCUUGCGUUCGCUAAUUCUGAGAUGAUGUGAUGGUCUUGGCGACGAUAAGAUGAGAGAUGAGCAUAUGACGAUGAUCGAUCGAUGACGAUGACACGAUGCUGGUCGCGCGUUCAUUUACCAACUUCGGCUAGUUACCUCCGAACUUAGUCCUUCCCCCCAUUCCCGGUACUUCUGGCUUCCGGCUUCCGGCAUCCGGCUACUGGCUUCUGGCUUACGGCUGCGGCUCAGGCUCCGACUGAGACUACCGACUAGACAACCUCCAACCCGUUGGAGCAGCGAGAGCAGCGUCCCGAAACGUAUUUCUUAUUUUUGCAGUUCGUUUGUGCGUGAGGCACCGAAGCCGCUGGUUGUUGUGUCCGCCGCUGCCCGGCAAACUGCUCCGAAACGCUCCACUCUCCGGCUCGCUGGUGCGGUGGUGUUCUGGCUAGCGAUGUCUCCUCUGAUCUGAUCUGACCUCCUGACUGUAUCCGGUGUGUGGCUCCCUCCGAAACUAAAUGAAUACCGCCAACCGCAACACUUGAAUACUUUUUUGCCAUUUAUAAUAUGAUUCUGUUGUACACGAAAAAAAAAAAAACCAAGUACCAAACCAAACCAAACCAUACCAAACCGAAACCAAAGUAACAAAACGUAACGAGGUCUGGCCAUCCAUCUGCUCAUCCGCCUGCCUGCCUGGCUACGGUUUACUGGCUGCCCGCCUGGUUGAGUUAACGAUGUUCGAUCGGACUUUCGAUGAGGUCAUGAGGUGUCCUUGGUGUCAUUGGCCCACAGUUACUAGGCAGACAAUCUAAACUCUCGGUGUAGAAACGAUGUGUGUGUCCUCCUCUCUCUGAAAGCGCAUUAAGAUCUCAAGGAUUACAUGCGUCAAGCCGGCGAAGUCACCUAUGCCGAUGCCCACAAGCAGCGCCGCAAUGAAGGCGUGGUCGAGUUUGCUUCGUUGUCGGACAUGAAAACGGCCAUUGAGAAACUGGAUGACACCGAGCUGAACGGCAGGCGCGUGCAUCUGGUUGAGGAUCGGCGCGGAGGACGCAGCGGCGGAGGUGGCGGCGGCGGCGGAGGUGGACGUGGACGUUCCCGUUCGUCAAGCUCUCGUUCGCGAUCCCGCUCGCGCAGGCGCUCCCGUUCCCGUCGCUCGUCGCACUCGCGAUCCAAGUCGCGCAGCCGCUCCAAGUCCCGCGGCGGACGCUCCAAGUCCAAGUCACCCGUUAAGUCCCGUUCUCGUUCUCGCUCGCGUUCCAACAAAUCGCGUGACGUGUCCAAGUCCAAAUCGAAGUCCCACUCCCGCACCCGCUCCCGUUCUCCCAAGCGUGAGCGUGACUCCCGUUCCCGCUCGCGUUCCGUGUCGAAGCGUGAGUCCCGCUCCCGAUCACGUUCCAAGUCCAACCGCCGCGACUCCCGCUCACGCGAUCGAUCCGCAUCGGCUGACAACAAGUCGCGUUCGCGCUCCCGCUCCCGUUCGGCCUCGCCCAAAAAUGGAAACGCCUCGCCGGACCGCAAUAACGAGAGCAUGGACGAUUAGAUUAGUUAGCUGUCCCAUUAAUUUUAAAACACUUGAUUUUAGACUUCUACUGUAACUAUUCUACGAACAUCAACACUCAGACACCUUUACUUACCCUGCGCCACUUGAACCAAAACCAAUGAAAAUGAAAUCGAAAUCAUACAAAUCCACAAUAGGGGCCUCGUCAUUUUGUAAUAUUAAAAAACGUUUUGUUUCAAGACUUGGACACUCCUGAAAAAUGGCUUGGAUUCAAGGAGUACAUAUUGCUGACGGAAUUACUUCGACACGUACACCGAAACACCUUAAAUUGUCUAUACAUACGAUGAGUAAUUUCAAUAAAUACGGAUACACUUAAAUUAAA